ACCUCUCUACAGCUGAUCUAUAAUAACUUGUCGAUGAUUGAUAAGUAGAAACUGGAAAUGAAACCCAGGAGACUUCCACUUCUGUUUUCUCUUCUAUCCUGAGGAAAAUUGAGAGGCAGUUGCAGCUCUUAGAGGACAACAAUUAUAAUGGAGAAUGAAGCAGGGUAGCAGUUCAUGUAAUAAGAACUUAUUAGGUACCCUGUGGAACAGCUUCUUCAUGAAAAAGGAAAAAGGGCAAAGCAGUAAAAAUUGGAUGUCUUUUUUAAGCCAACCCCUAAAAAAUAGUCAGAAGACAAUGAACCACAGCCACGCACUUCUGGAUUAACUAUUUUUCACCCUAACCCUGCAUCCACUACACCUGAAGGAUGAUGAUGAUGAUAAUGACCCUCAGCCCCUGCACAAACAACAGAGCGACGUCAAAACAACCUCUCCCAUCAAGUCAUCUUGACAUUUUUCAAGGAAAGACAUUUGGAUGUGUCACACGGAAGAUUCCAACUGCUCCCACUGAUCGUUUGUCUCCAGGGACUUUCACACCCCUUCCUGCUGGCUACAACUUCUCUCUCUCUCUCUCUCUCUCCUAUAAGAAAUCAAGAUCUGCCACCUAGAUACUUCAAAAUUUGAAAGCUGCUGCGUUUUCACCAGAAAUUAUUUGCACAGUUGAUCUCUAACCCAGAUCCUCAGAAAACUCUUUCCAGUUCUUAGAAAGAUGAAUUACCUGCGAAGACGCCUCUCUGACAGCAGUUUUGUAGCAAACUUGCCGAAUGGUUAUAUGAUGGACCUGCAGCGUCCCGAUAGUUCGACCAGCUCACCAGUGUCCCCAGCCACAGAGCGUCGUCAGCCACCAGCUCCUUCGACAGGCUCCACCAUUCUCAGCUCCAUCUCCAAUGCUGUGAAGCAGACGACAGCAGCAGCUGCGGGACUGGUGGAACAAACAGGAGCUGCACCCGUAGCUGGACCCACAGCUCCCAUCGUACGGAAACCAAAGGUCCUGUUGGUUAUUGAUGACCUGCACACUGACUGGUCCAAAUAUUUCCGUGGUAAGAAGGUCCUGGAUGAAUAUGAGAUCCGUUUAGAACAGGCAGAAUUCUCGGAGUUGAAUCUGGCUGCGUACGUGAAUGGGGGAUGUAUGGUUGACAUGCAGCUGAUCCGGAAUGGAACUAAAGUCGUCAGGUCAUUCAAACCAGACUUUGUUGUCAUUCGUCAACAUGUGUAUAACAUGGCUCACGGUGAGGACUACCGUAAUCUCAUCAUUGGCUUCCAGUAUGGCAGAGUGCCUUCGCUGAAUUCUCUUCAGUCAAUAUACAAUUUCUGCAACAAGCCUUGGAUGUUUUCACAGCUGAUAAAGAUCUCCCAAACCUUGACUCCCGCCAAGUUCCCACUCAUCGACCAGACAUUCUUCCCCAACCACAGGGAAAUGCUAACUAUUCCCAAAUUCCCCGUGGUUGUGAAGAUGGGACAUGCUCACGCAGGCAUGGGUAAGGUAAAAGUUGAAAAUCACUAUGAUUUUCAGGAUAUCGCCAGUGUUGUGGCCCUCGCAAAAACUUACGCAACCACUGAGCCUUACAUUGAUUCCAAGUACGACAUCAGAAUUCAGAAGAUUGGAAAUAAUUAUAAAGCUUACAUGAGAACUUCAAUUUCAGGAAACUGGAAAGCAAACACUGGCUCUGCCAUGCUGGAACAAGUGGCCAUGACGGAACGCUAUCGAAUGUGGGUGGAUGCCUGUUCUGAGAUGUUUGGUGGCCUGGACAUCUGUGCAGUAAAAGCUGUACAUGGGAAAGAUGGGAAAGAUUAUAUCAUUGAGGUAAUGGACAGUGCCAUGCCAUUGAUUGGAGAAUACAUUGAGGAAGACAGGCAAUUAAUAGCAAACUUGGUCAUCGAGAAAAUGAACCAGCUUCUAUCAGAGAACCCUGCAGCAUCGCAGCAAAGAGUAGGAAUGACACUGAGCCAGGUUCAGCCUCAGUCAGCAAAAACACAAGUGCAUCCUGUGCCAGGAGCCACUUCCCAGUGGGGCCAGCAAGGCCAAGCUCGUCCAGCACCUCAAGGAAGCCCACGACAACCCCAAAGUCCUCAGAUUCAGCGUUCCCACACAGUGCCUCAUCAAAGGCCUUCUCCACAGGGCCAGCAACCCCAAAGUCCUCAGUCCAGUACAAAUCAGCAAGAGAAAUCUCCAAGUUCGGGGUCUCCAAAACAGGUCAAAUCAGCAGGCACCUCUCCUAACCAGUCAUACAAGCCUGGAGCUUUCUCUGCACAGCCAUCAAGGCCUCCUGCUCCAGGCCAAGCCCCUUCACAACCAAGAUCUGAGGCAGCAAACCUGCAACAACAGAGUACUGCACCACCACAGCCACUGCUCAACAAAUCACAGUCAUUGACAAACAGUUUCAGUGUUACAGAAUCCUCUCAGCGUACUGGCACCAACGAAGAUGAAGCAAAAGCAGAAACAAUUCGGAACCUAAGGAAGUCCUUUGCCAGCCUCUUUUCUGAUUAACUCUUUACAGUAUUCUCAUUGAGUUAAUAUAAUAGGUUAAACUGGAAACUUGGUAAGAACUCAGAUGGAAAUAACUGGAAUCUGAGGUGCACACUCCCUCACUUGAUCAAUGGAUAGUGCAUUUCCCUUUGUGGAUAACAAGCUGUAAAAUGAGGUAUUGUUUUCCAACUUGGCCAAGAGGCAAAACAAAAAUCCUGCUAUACCAGGUGUGUGCAGAUGUAAGUGUGUGUGAUGUGAAUAACUGUGCACUUUAUCUCGCAAAGCAGCUUGUUGAGUGUUGUAUCGAAUGCUGUUAUCAGAGAAUCAUCAUUUAUUUGGAUUUUAUGAGCUGUACAAAAAUGAACUAGACACUAUUCCCUGACCACAGAACCAGUACAUCCUUCCACUCUAAUUCACCAUGGAAAAACCCACACCCUCCACCAAUAAGUGGGAUACACCUGGUAUCCCCCACACACGUGAUCUAAAAGCCUUCUGCUUCUUCCUCUCCUACAUUCCCAACCAGUCACCAUCCACCACCCCACGCCCCCAGCCCCCACUGACACCAUCAACAUUUUCUUUUAACUCCUCCCACUUCCGACAAACUCAACAGGUGACUAGGUGACUAUGGGCACCUGCACGAAUGAGGUAUGCUUGCCUCCCCAUUGGAUAUGUGGAACAGUCCCUCUGCCGCUGUUACGUUGGCACCAUCUCCCACAUCUUCCUUUGUUGCAUUGAUGACUGUAUCGGUGCUGCCUCAUGCUCAUGUGGGGAGCAUGAACAGUUUGUCAACUUUAUUAACACCUUUCACCCCAACCACAAAUUCACCUGGAUCAUAUCUAGUAUCUCCCUCCCUUUCCUGGACCUUGUCUCCAGUAGCUGUCUCAGCAUAGACAUUAUUCUAAACCCACCAAUUCCCUUAGCUACACCUCCUCUCACCCAUGCUCCUGCCAGAAUGCAAUCCCAUACUCCCAAUUCCUCCUCCUCCUCCUCCUCCACCAAAGAUGGGGUGUUCCACUCCUAGACAUUCCAGAUGCCCUCCUACUUAAAGGAUCACAACUUGCUCUCAACUGCAUUUCUUGAGUUUCCUGCACUUCUGCCCUCAAACACCCUCUCCCCAAACAAAUAUAAGAGACCAAGUCCUCUGAUCCUCACAUACCAUCCCACCAACCUCCCCAUUCAGUGUAUCAUCCUCCCCUACUUGUGCCAGCUACAAUCUGAUCCCACCACCAAAACAGAUAUUUCCCUCGACAGCCCAUCUACCUUUCGUAGGGACCGCUCACUCCAUGACUCCCUCGUUUAUCCCACACUUACCACUAACCCUACCACCCUUGGCCCUUUUCCCUGGGCCCUUUUCCCUGCAACCGCAGGAGGUGUUACACCUGCCCCUACACCACCACUUUUACCUCUGUCCAAGGCCCCAAACAAUCUUUCCAAAGGUGACAGAGAUUCACUAGUAACUCCUCCAACCUGGUCUACUGUAUCCGCUGCUCUCAACGUGGUCUCGUCUACAUCAGUGAGACCAAGUGAAAAUUUGAUGACCAGUGUGCAGAGUAUCUGCGCUCUGUACGCUAUAAAUCAACACCACCUUCCAGUCGCCAACCAUUUUAAUGCUCCCUCCCAUUCCCUUGGUGACAUGUUCAUCCUGGGCCUCCUCUAGUGUCACAAUGACACCAGCUGCAGACCGGAGGAACAACACCUCACAUCCCACCUCAGGAGCUUACAGCCUUGUGGACUCAACACUGAAUUCACCAGUUUCAAAAUCUUCCCCCUCCCCCGGUUUCAUCCAACCCUCCUUAUCCGUGCCUCCUUGACCUGACAAAAUCUGUCCAACUUCUUUCUCAACUGUCCACCCCACCCAUCCCACUGACCAAUCCACACUAUCCCCUACCUGCAUCCAACUGUCACCAUUCUACCUACCUACCCCUAGCCCCAUGCCAACCAUCUAUUUGAUAGUUCCCUUGCCCCAUCCCAGGUCUGAAGGUGUAACAUCAACUUUCCUGCUCCUCUGCUGCUGCCUGACCUGCUGUGUUCCUCCAGCUCCGCACUGUAUUGACUGACUCCAGCAUCUGCGGUUUUUUCCUAUCAUCCAAUCCAUUUGGGUCAUUCCCAUGUUUUCAUGUACCUCAAUUUCAUACAACUCUGAAUUGUGACUUCAUCUCUUUCUUAUUCUUCUACUGAUUCAGUUCCAGUUGGAAUCCUAGAUAUUCCAUUAUUUUGCAUUAUGUACAUGAAAAAUUUUGCUCAGUAUCAGAGACAGAAAUAAGGUAAACUAACUUCAACGAGUCAAAACCACUUUAAAACAAGCACUGACCUCUAGAGACCUCUCUCAUUUAGUAAACACCAGCAAAGUAUUUCCCAGUCUGGGCUGAAAAUAAGUUAUGAUUAUAAACUAGAUCAGAAACCAAGCACGACUUCCCCCUAUUUAUUAUGGAGUCUUUACAAGGCAGGGUAGGCCUCUUGCUGAAAAACAUUAGAUAUGAUUUUGUGGUUGGACAACAUUUGCUAGGUAAUCCUGAAUAAGAUACUGUAAUUCUUAUCAAGCAGUACCGAUUAAUAUAGAGGGCCCUGUUAUAGUCAGAAUAUGUACAUGAUAUCCUUUCUUUGGUUAAUUUCUCCAGGCAUUACCUUGACCAAAGUCAACAUGCCUAAUUUAAACUUAAACCAUUCAUGACAGUUAGCUAUCAGAUGUCAUCUGGUUGAUGCAUUUUCCAUGGCAGCACUGCUACCAGAAUCCAACCAAUCAGUCCUGUUCUCACAUACCAUAAGCGUUUCCCCUUACACAGAGUAGUUUAUAAAGAAAUACCAAGUGCAAGAUAAAAACAAAGAUCUGCACUACCAAAUGACUAUUUUUAGCUUUUAUAGCUAAUUUAACAUUUAGAAGAUUAGAAGGGGAAUGAAUGCAAUUGGGAAUUGCCUAGUUGUAUUCCAUUUUUGUGCCCUUGUGUGUCGAAUCCAGAUGCAGACUUUAAAGUCAUGUAAAAAUGCAGGCUCCCAACAGGACAAUAGAAUGGGUAGGAAAGCACCGAUGAGUCAAAGCCAGAUAUUAGGAUUGUUUUCACAAACACAUAGAUAUUUUUGUUUUUAUAAUGGCUGGACAAUGUAGUGAAACUGUUUCUGCUUGGAAAAGAGACAAGAAUAAGGCAACAUAGAUUUAACAUUGGGUAUGGAAUGCACUCCAUGUGCUGGAGGCAGAUUCAGUUGAGGCAUUCAAGGAAGUACUGGAUGAUUAUUUGGAUAGUAACGGUGUGCAGGUAUAUGGGGCAAAGACAAGAGAUUGACACCAGGUAGUAGAAGUGCAGGCACAAUGGACUGAGUGACCUCAGUGCACUGUAAUGAGUCUGAUCACCAAGGGCUUUGAUUGGAAUCAAUUUUAAAUAGGUAUUACGAAAGGGAAGAGAGCAUGGGAGAACAAUUUUGAUGCAGAAAAUAGAACAUAUAAUGUUUUACUCUGGAAAGCUGAGGCAGAAUGAUUAAAUAUUUAAUGGAAAGUUAGAUAACUAUUUGAGGCCAUGAAGAAAUCAGUCCAAUUUGAUGUGCCUUAACUUCUGAAGCAAUUCAAAACCUUACAGACCAGUGCCUUCAGUGAUACUUGGUUUGUGCAUGGUGUAAAAAAAGGUUUGUGCAAAGAAACUUCUUGUCUAAUGACUAGUCCCAGUUUUAACCCUAUACAUCACAGGCUUAGAGAAAGCAUAUGGGAAUGCAAUGAGGUUGAUCACAGCAUCAGGGUCUAUGCUAUGAGGAACCACUGAAAGAAUAUGAGCUUUUCAUAUUACAAAGCAGGCUUGAGAUAUACAAGAUAAUGCAAUGACAAAUGUUAAUAAGGACUUUUACUUCAAUUUAAACUGAAGGAGUAGAAUUUGAGAAAACGGGUUUAAACAAAUAAGAAGGUUAUUUGAGCAUUGAAAACGAAAGUCUUCAUUUACACAGAAGAUAAUCAAGUUCGAAAGUAAAACUCCAAAUAUAAUGGAGCUAAGUUAGGGGAAUACUUUAAGAAAUAAUUUUUCUUCAAUAGGAGCCAUGUAGAUGGAUAAAGGUGGCUGAAUAGCCUGCUUCAUCUGUAACUAUCUAAUGGCAAUUGGCUUGAUUAAGUCUUGAGGAAAGCUGUGUAGGUUAGGAUCACAUGUAGUGGCAUGUGGCCUCUAAAAUCCUUGUGUUUCAGUAGUACACCAAGGAAGCAACACUUUUACAUGCACUGUGGUACAGACAGUGAGAAAACCCUCAUGGUUACAACAAUGGACAGUUAAACAAAGGAUAGUCCACAGAAACUAAUGCAUUAUACCUCACUGAACUAUCUAAUAAACUAGAAAAUGGGUUUUAAAAUUUCAAACUGGUAUUUGUAACAUUCCAGACCUUUAACCUUAAACUAUCGGGCAAAUAGUUGACAAUUUGUCAUUGUGCUUCCCCACAUGAGGUAGAUUUUAAUCUUGAUCCUGCUUUGUUUUCACAUGGGUUUGUUCUUUUUCCCAAUCUUAAAAUAUUAAGAGUAAAUAGUUGAAAAAUUUGCAAAUUAUACCACAAUAAUAACUGCAAUAUUUGUUCAAUGCAUAAUUCAAGUCACCAGGAAGGUAAUGUGUAACAAAUUCCAAUAAAUGGGAUUCUCUCACUAUUUGUUACUUCUAACUGUAGCAUGCCUAAUAGAUCCAUUAACAAUGUCUAAUUAGCAAAAAGACCAUCUGAAGUGUGUAGUUAUUUUGCUAAUGUACAUAAAAAGGAAAGCUCUUUCCCAAAACAAGAUUAUAGAAAAUGUUGUCAAAAUUUUAGUGAUUUAAAAUUGCAUGAUUGUCUGACAGCUGCCUCGUUGUUAUUUUGAUGCUUGUUUGAAAUAUUUUUCUACCAUUCCUUUCCUGAAAUUGUAUUAAAUCAACUUUGGUACACUGAAGUGGAUAAUCAUUUGUGAGAGCCUGAACAGUGAGUUCUCUCAGGCUCUUCGAUGAACUGCCAGGAGGAAGUGGUAAAUGCAGAUACAGUUUCAAUAUUUAAAAGACAUUUGGACAGGUACAUGAGUUGGAAAGGCUUAUAGGGGUAUGGGCCAGACAUUAGUGGGACUAGUUUAGUUUGGGAAACUUGGUUGGCACAGUCAAGUUAGACUAAAGGUUCUGUUUCCGUGCUCUAUGACUCCAACUGUAAAGCACCUUUCUCAUCCCAACUCUCAACCCGUUUAAUUGAAAGGGUAUCUUUGCUUGUCCUCACAGAGUUCACAGGGAAAGGACAGCAAUCUUGAAACCACCACCUAGUAGAUUUGCCAAGUUUAGGAUUCUUCUGGCACCAUCAGUAAUUAGACAAAGACCUGGACAUUGCGAACUAAAAAUGAAUCAUUUCUUAAAUUUUACCUGAACACUUGUUUCUAGCUUUAAAAUAUUGGGCACGGGGAGGGUUCUGGUCGACAGUCAAGAAUAACAUAAGUGGGUAAUAAAGAGUCAAAUCCAGUUGCUAAAUCAAAGGAAGGGUAGCACAAGGACAGACAUGUUUGGCAAUUGACAAAAGGAUUAUGGGGCAGGGUGGCUGGCAGUAGCAGGUUAUUUGAUGAGACCUCCAGGAAUAUGUCCAACCAGAAUUGGUAUCCUAACACCCAAUAUAAAGCAUUGUUGCAGGAUAGGAUGGUACAGUGUCUUAUGUUCCAAAACGUUUUCAUUUCUCAUUACAUUGAGCAUACUCCUAUUUUGUUGGAAUGGGCCCAUUUUUAAAAUAUCAACAGCUCAAACUGGGGUUUCCUAAACAAAACAUACCAGUCUGGUCUAGAGUCCUCUGGCAGAAGUAUGACUGACCUCAGAAAGUAAGGUGAACUUUUAACCUGUCCAUUGAUAGGAAUAUGGUUGAGGAUGGUUUAAAAACAAUUGACUACUUACUCCUCUCUCCUUCCAUUUCUUUUCAGAGAUGACAAAGAUCUUCAUUUAAACCAGGCAAUAAGCACAGGAAUAUUAACAUUUUAUAGUUUGUACUAUUGCAUUAUUCUUAAAUGAAGUAGUGGCAGUCCCAUUCCUUAUCCCAGGAGUUCAAAUUCAGGCCAGUGUAUCACCCCCUGCCCAGGUUUCAGCUCCCAUGUCAGGGUUAUUGAAAUAUACCAUCUAUUACUUGCUUUCCAUUAACCUGUUCUAGAUGGUAUUAAAAUGAAGAUCCUGAUUUACAUUUUUAAAAUCUUAUAUUGGCAAAUUUCUAAUGUUCUUUAUUGAAAUUGUAAUUUAAUUGUGAUGAGGAAAAACGUAAUAAUUGACUUAUAUGUUGCUGCAAUGUUGAAUUAGGUGAUGACAUUUGUUUCUUUCAAAAUAAAGUUAAUCUUUU